AUGGUUGUGACCGCCGCUUCAUCCAACGCUGACAAGCCCCGUACCAUAAACCGUUCCUGCAUUCAAUGUCGAGAACGCAAGAUCAAAUGCGAUCGUCUUGAUCCUUGCAAUCACUGUGUCUCAAAAGGUAUGGGCAACGAAUGCAGACACGAGCUGCGAAAGAAGAGGGCAAAGAACAAGCGUCCCUUUCCCAAACGCAAGAGCCGCAUCGCUGUUUCUUCGUCAUCAACCUACAAUCUCACUUCAACCGCUCAACCAAGCCGGUCCAACGCCAGUCCAAAACGGUCACCGUUGGCUUGGGCUGAACGACCCAUGACAUCUGUAUCGCAGCACAGCGAGCAGAGUCAAACACCAUCCAGCAGUUCCGGUCGUGUCAUUACUCCCAACACGUCGUCCUCCUUACAUGGCUAUGUCAAUCCUGCAAAGUUCGGCUGCUCCAACACGGUAUCAUCGCUGCCGAAGCCCUCCUUGCCCUCCUCCUAUCGCGACUCUCAGAAUGGAGGCUAUUCCGACACGGGAGAUGCAAGCAUCGAUGACUCAGACGGCGAUGGGUACGAAUCUCAACCCGACGAUCGCCUUCACCUGAUCGAGGCUGAUCAGCUGAUGCAUAUCAAGAGUGCACCACUGUACAGGUGUCCUUUUGCCCUCAAGGACGUCUACGCCGAGUGGCGCGCCAUGCCAGUCGAGAAUCGUCGUAGUCUGAUCCAAGAGAUUCGCUGCGCUCUACCGAGUCUAGCUCAGUCACUCCGUCUGCUGCAUGAUGUCUAUGUGCAGCGCCUGCAAUCCAUCCAGGGUAACAUUGUUCACGUCCCCACGAUCCAGGUGGUGCUGACCGAGAUGCUAAGCGAGCCAGACUUCGAACAGCGCGACCGCUAUGCCUUUGGCCAUAUUACCACAGCCCUCAUGGUGAUCUUUUGUUCGCUAAGAUACGCUCCGCUCGACCGCACCUAUACCUGGGGCCGAUCUUCCAGCACCGGCUCUCCGGUCGAGCCGCUUAGACAGAAGGAAAUGCGACAACGAGAGCGCAAGAUUUUUUCCCUCGUCAAGCGCAUCCAACACUUCGAGUCAAGCUUUGCUUUCGGAAGUGUUGCGGAGCUUCAGACGGCUGUACUGAUGCUGGAAUGCGGCAAAGGCUCGGCAGCCUAUCAGGACAUGCUAGCUGAUUGUGCUGUUCGCUCUGCCAUGCGCAUGCGCAUCCAUCGUCUCGGAUCAUUCGAAAGGUUGCAUGGAACCAAAAUUCGCCCUCAGCAAGUGAUCACAGUGGAAAUGGCCAUUCGCUGCUGGUGGUCACUCGUCCGACGCGACUGGAGCCAGAGCAACAAGAAUCGCUCGUAUCGCAUCUCUCCUUUGCAAUUCAACACACGGCAGCCUUUGAAUCUGUUCGACGAUGAACUUUUGCAGAUCCCUUGUCGCCGAUCGCACCUUCGCUCUACUUGGACUCCGGUGAGCUAUUCAUUUGCAACCACUGACUUUGCGAUCAUGACCCGAACGCUGGUCGAUCAAGUCAACUCGCAAUGCGAUCUCGAUGACGGGCCCGACUCUGCACAGGGAUGGGGCCUAGCCUCGGUGUUUGGACAGCGACUCUCUGCCGUCCAGCGCGACUCGCUCGAUCGUAUGUUCCAAUCGCUCGUUGCCUCUUUUCCUGCGCAUUACUCGCUCGAAGCGCGCUACGAGGUGAUCGGUCUUGUCGAUGUCGAGAGAUGGCUGUUGCAUCAAAGGCUCUUUCACCUCUUCCUUACGCUGCACAUGCCGCUUGUUUCCGAGGCUACGCGACCGCACGGUAGCCUCAUGUACAUGGCCGGUCACAUUCUCGAUAUCCAGGAAAAGGUGGCCGAUAUCUGCACCCGCCUCGACAAUUGUCAUCUGCACACGCUGCAAACGCUGCGUGCGUGUCUGGUGCUGCUCCUCGAUCUCUUUUUUGCGCAGACGCCCGUCAACAUUAGUGGCCUCUCGCGGCUCAUGACUCGCAGAAAGAUCACGGCUGCACUGGAAAAAAUCCCUACAGACGUAAUUCCGAGCACAAGCAAGCUUCUGAUUCGACUGGUGCAUCAGCUGCUUAGCCUGGAGAAUCAGCAGCAUCAGCUACAGUUCGGCGUCGACGCUUCCGCCGGCGAUGCACACUUGAGUCAAGCUGCUGCUGCAGACGAGACGCCACUUCUAGAUGCGGCCGGACUGCUCCAUCGUUGGCAUGCCACUUGCCAAAUUCUCGAUGUGCUGCUCAACGAAGGUUACUGGCGCUCACUCCGUAAGAACCUGCGCGAGCUCGAUCAGGACUCGCUGAUUCCGGACUGGCUGCGAAAAUCGUUGGGCGACGAGUUCGAAGAUCCGAGCCGGAUUGCACCGGCGCAAGAAGAGUCUUUGCUAGCAACAACGCACGUUUCCACUGCACAGUCAGCCACAUCAGCACUGUCUGCAUCUUCUCUUGCGCCUGAAACGAAAACAGAAGCUCCUUAUGCCACCUCGUCGCAGGCGGCGUUACCUUCAUUUGACAGUGCUGAUCUUUCGCUUACAUUCGAUCCAAAGCUACUGAACAAUCUCGACGAUCUCAACGUCCUAGACUUGCAAACUGCCGGCGAAACGUCUCAACUGCCUCAACUCGACUUGGAUCUCAUCGGUUACCAAGACUUUGAAGGUUUUGGCAAUGCAAGCCAGUCGGUUGACUUUGCAAAAAUGCUCAAUGAAUGGCGCGUCGAGGUUCCGCUGGCUUAG